AUAAACAACUUUGCCAAACCAAUUAACAUAUCAAAAACAUUCAGUUUCAUCAACAUGGCAUCCACAACCACCACUAAUAACAACCACAACCAGCUUCCCCUAAAACAAAUCCCUGGAACCUAUGGCCUCCCUUUCAUCGGACCGAUUUUCGACAGACACGACUAUUUCUACAACCAAGGAAGAGACAAAUUCUUCUCAACAAGAAUCCAAAAGUACAAUUCAACAGUCUUCAAAACCAACAUGCCACCAGGUCCAUUCAUUUCGUCAAACCCUAGAGUCAUUGCACUCUUGGAUGCAGCUUCCUUCCCGAUCCUCUUCGACAACAAAAAAGUCGAAAAGCAAAACGUCCUCGACGGAACGUUCAUGCCGUCCACAAACUUCACCGGCGGCCACCGUGUGUGUGCUUACCUAGACACAACUGAACCAAACCAUGCUGUUAUCAAAGGUUUCUAUCUUAGGGCUCUUAUGUUGAGAAAAGACUCUUUUGUCCCUCUUUUUAGUAGGACACUUUCUGAUGCUUUUACUGAGAUUGAAGAUGGCCUUUGUGGUAAAAAUGGUAAAGCGGAUUUUAACGCUGUUGUUAGUGUUGCUUCGUUUGACUUCAUGUUUCGUCUUUUUUGUGAUAACAAGGAUCCUUCUGAAACUAUACUUGGUUCUCAUGGUCCUAAAAUGUUUGACAUGUGGCUUCUCUUUCAACUUGCUCCUCUUGCAACUUUAGGACCUCCUAAGAUUUUCAGUUAUCUUGAAGAUCUCUUGCUCCGCACGCUUCCCUUUCCUGCUUGCUUCACAAAGUCCUAUUACAAGAAACUCUAUGAAGCAUUUUCUUCUUCAGCUGUAACAAUUUUAAACGAUGCAGAAAAAGCGGGAUUGGACAGAAGUGAAGCCUGCCACAAUCUCGUUUUCACGGCAGGCUUCAAUGCAUACGGAGGAUUAAAGAAUCAAUUUCCGAUACUCUUCAAAUGGGUAGGUUUAUGCGGCGAAAAGCUACACGGCGAACUCGCGAAAGAGAUAAGAACCGUCGUAAAAGAAGGUGGAAUAACAGUUCAAUCAUUGGAAAAAAUGUCAUUAGUGAAAUCUGUUGUUUAUGAAGCUAUGAGGAUUGAACCCGCUGUACCUUAUCAAUAUGCAAAAGCAAGAGAGGAUUUGAUUGUGGAGAGUCAUGAUGCUGCUUUUGAAGUUAAAAAGGGUGACAUGUUAUUUGGAUACCAACCUUUUGCUACUAAGGAUCCUAGGAUUUUCGAUGAUGCUGAGGUUUUUGUUCCAAAGAGGUUUGUUGGAGAAGGUGAGAAGUUGUUGAAGUAUGUUUUGUGGUCUAAUGGGAAAGAAACGGAUGAGGCUUCAGUGGAUAAUAAACAGUGUCCUGGGAAGAAUCUUGUUGUGCUUUUGUGCAGAUUGUUUUUGGUGGAGUUUUUCUUGCGUUAUGAUACUUUUGCUUUUGAGACUCAAGAUACUGCUUUUGGUGCUUCUGUUACUAUUACUUCACUCACCAAGGCUUCUAAUGUUUGAAUUUGUUUUUGCUUUUUUGUGUUCAGAGCUCUUGUAUUCAUUUGUAUUUGUAUUGUAAAGUACUUAAUCAAGUGUCUCUAUUUAUAACACUCACUUUAUUCUCACUAGAGCUAAAACUCAUCACUCUGAAUCCAAAGCAUUUCAAAACAAAAUGCCGUGACAGCCAAAAUACUUACUUUAUUUCUACCUUGUAAUGCAAUGUAACCC